UGCACAUCAACGUGAGGUAUAGCAAGUUUCGUAACUGAAAAUGGAAGGACGACAGAGAGCUCACAUCAUGCUAAAUAUGCUUUAAUGCACUAGAUUAUACCUUGUCAUGAAUACCGUCAUUCGGGUGCAUUCUUUGUUGAUGAGAAAACAUCCAUGGAAGACAGUGGCGUUUUCGACUGGUUUUGUUAUGUCAACUGGAGAUGCCAUUUCCCAGAAGUUUGUUGAGAGAAAAAAUAAAUUGGAUUGUAAAAGAUACAUGCGAUACUGGGCUUUUGGAUUACUUAUUGCUGGACCACUUUUUCAUGGAUGGUACUUAAGGCUGCAAAAGGCAUUUGGCAGUUCAAGAUUUGCCCCAUUUAAAAUGGUGAUCAUAGAUCAGAUAGUUUUUGCUCCAGCCUUUCCUCCAUUUUUCUUGGGUGUCAUGGGAAUAAUGAAGGGAGACUCUCUGUCCAUGGUGAAGCUGAAAAUUAAAAAUGAUUAUUUUGAUAUACUCACUAGUUGUUGGUCGCUUUGGCCAGGUGUGCAAUUUUUAAACUUCCUGUUAGUCCCCGUGAGCCACAGGGUUUUGCUCAACAAUACGGUAGCCCUUGGAUGGGACACAUACUUAGCAUGGAAAGCAGAUUCUAAUGAAAAAAAUGCACUGGAGGCAAAGCCAGCCAUCCUACAGGCAGUGGCAGAUAACUCUGUAAAUCACACACCCAUUCCAUCAUUAUCUACACAUGAUCUGAUCCUGUGAAUUAAAGUAUACAACAAUUUAUAUCUAUUAGCUAAUCCCACGAUAUGGAUUUUAAUCAUCUCUGUACAAGAUAAUCCCAUGAAGUGGACUUUAAUUAUCUCCUGAAAGAUAAUCCUGUGAUGUGGACUUUGAUAUCUUUGUACAAGAUAAUCCAAUGAAUUGAACUCUAAUUAUCUUUAUGCAAGAUAGUCCCGUGAAUUGUCAUCCUGAGGUAUUUUGUCUGGAUUAUCUCCACAUGAUCUCGUGUUAUUCAAAUAUUACAAUUAAAAACAAAUUCCUUGUCAGCAGGAAGAUGAGGGAUUACAUGUCAGUUAUAUUUAGUGUUCAGCUCAUUUACUGCUACUGUAUUUAUUAUGCAUCAUUAAUACUCUGAUCUUUGUUUUGCAUGGCUUCUAGUUGUUAUGCUCCUAAAGAAAUGUUCCCCAUUUAAUCCCUCAUCACUGUCAAUGCUAGUCUGUGAUUAAGAAUGAUAUUACCACUAUAAGUGAUAUUUACAUGUAUAUAUAAAUAUGCAUUAUCACUGACUAUGUUUUAUUAAGGAUUUGCAGAAUAUUACUGCAGUUCUUUUAUGAUGUUCCAGGUAUCACUGGUCAACUGUAUAUAUUUCUUUCUUUGUUCUUUUUAUUAUGUUCCUGUUCAGCUGUUAACUGUAAUUUCCGUGCUUGGCAUAUACAUUGUAUAAUUUCUGUAUAUUAAAUAAGAUGCCACAACUACAUAUUAAAGACACAAAUUUUAAAUGACUUAUUUUACAAUUUGUUUAAAGCUUGUGCCAUUUUUCCAAUGUAAGAAAGGAUAUAUUGGUACCCUUUGCAACUGUCAUCUAUAAAUGUAGACCUAAAGGUGAUGAGAAAAAUUGAAGGAAAGUGGUACAUGUAGUUUUACUGAAACUAGGUAAUGUGCACUUGUCUUUCAGGUUAUCUUCCAUUACAUGUAUGAUACUCUCAUUUGAAUUAUAUUUGAAAAUUUAAAUAUAUUUUGUUGUACAUAGCAUAUUUAUUGCAUUUUCAAGCUUUUCAGAUUUGUGAUCAUUCUUGCAGCUUUAAUCAAAUGGACAAUUUGAUGUUAUAUGGAACUUAAUGUAAAAGUACAGAGUGGAAAGUUUGAAUGCACUGCCAUUGUUAAUGCAUUAAGUGUUUAGAGGUGUUUAUAUUGUAUUGCUUUCUAAAUAAAGCUUUGACAAAUUA